GGGUACUGCUGCCCUCCUCCUCCGCCGCCGCUUUUCUUCUUUCCCCCCCGCACCCCGCUCUCCGAUCCCGCCCCACCGGGCUGACAGCGCCGGGCGGCUGCCGCCCGUGGCCGAGGCUGGCGGCGAGAGGCCGCCGACCCGCCGGCAGCGGUGGUUGGGAGGCUCUGGGCGCUAGUGUGCCGAGAGCCGGGCGCUCCGGCGGGACCGACAGCGGAUCGUAGCCGGGGCCGCGGCGGUGCUUGCCCGAGCCGAGCGUGCCCAGCCCUCUGUACCAGCCCGCGGGCCGGCAGUCAUGCACGCGCCGCGUUUUGAAGCUCUGUGCGAAACUCCGGCAGUGGCCCAGGCGAGGAGGAGUUAGCUGGCCUGGGGAGAUGUUUUAGCUGCUGCUGCUGCGCCAGCUGCCUGCCGAGUGGGGACCCUGGUGGGCGACAGCCUGAGGCCAGGGGGGCUAAAGGACCAGCAGGAGCCGUCCCUGGCGGAGGCAAGCGUUUGUAGAAAGAACAUCAACAGCUUUUUGCUAAUGAAGAGCCAGUUGUUACCACCAACGUAUACAUAAAAUGGAAAAGAAACAGACUCCAGAAAACAACUUCUGUUUCAGCCUUGCAAGAUGCUGCAUGAAGUGCAUAAAGAAGUUUAAGUGACUGCUCUGCUUGAUGAAAAUGGUGGACACCGAAAACCAGCUCUAUCCCCUUACUCCCUUGGAAGAGGAUGAUAUAGGCAGUCCUUUAUCUGGAGAGUUCCUACAAGAUAUGGAAAACAUUCAAGACCUCUCUCAGUCACUAGGUGAUGAUAGCUCUGGAGCUUUAAGUUUAACAGAAUUCCAGUCACUGGGAAAUGGCCCAGGAUCUGAUGGAUCGGUUAUAACAGACACUCUUUCACCAGCAUCCAGUCCUUCAUCCAUUAAUUUUGCCACAGCUCCAGGUAGCAUAGAUGAAUCACCCAGUGGAGCAUUAAACAUUGAAUGUAGAAUUUGUGGGGAUAAAGCCUCAGGCUACCAUUACGGAGUACAUGCUUGUGAAGGUUGUAAGGGUUUUUUUAGAAGAACAAUUCGUUUAAAACUCAUCUAUGAUAAGUGUGAUCGCAACUGCAAAAUUCAGAAAAAAAAUCGUAAUAAGUGCCAAUACUGUCGUUUUCAAAAGUGCCUUUCAGUUGGAAUGUCACAUAAUGCAAUACGUUUCGGACGAAUGCCAAGGUCUGAGAAGGCCAAGUUAAAAGCAGAAAUUCUAACAGGUGAAAGUUACGUAGAAGAUUCAGAAAUGGCAGAUCUUAAAUCACUUGCCAAAAGAAUUCACGACGCUUACCUGAAAAACUUCAAUAUGAACAAGGUUAAAGCCAGAAUCAUCCUUGCAGGCAAGACUAAUAACAAUCCGCCAUUUGUUAUACAUGAUAUGGAUACCUUGUGUAUGGCAGAGAAGACCCUGGUGGCAAAAUUGGUAGCCAAUGGAAUUCAGAACAAGGAAGCAGAAGUUCGAAUCUUCCACUGCUGCCAGUGUACGUCUGUAGAGACUGUCACAGAACUUACGGAAUUUGCCAAAUCUAUCCCUGGCUUCUCCAGUCUUGACUUGAAUGAUCAGGUGACAUUGUUAAAAUACGGAGUUUAUGAAGCCAUAUUUGCCAUGUUAGCAUCUGUAAUGAACAAGGACGGGAUGCUGGUAGCCUACGGAAACGGCUUCAUAACCCGGGAGUUCCUGAAAAGCCUGAGAAAGCCAUUCUGUGACAUAAUGGAGCCAAAAUUUGAUUUUGCAAUGAAAUUCAAUGCACUAGAAUUGGAUGACAGUGAUAUAUCCCUUUUUGUUGCUGCCAUCAUUUGCUGUGGAGAUCGUCCUGGUCUUGUAAAUGUGGGACACAUCGAAAAAAUGCAGGAGAGCAUUGUGCAUGUACUGAAACUUCACUUGCAAACCAACCAUCCUGACGACACCUUCCUCUUCCCAAAACUUCUCCAAAAAAUGGCUGACCUCCGACAGCUUGUCACGGAGCAUGCUCAGCUUGUUCAGAUAAUCAAGAAGACUGAAUCUGAUGCACAUUUACACCCUUUACUACAGGAAAUCUACAGGGAUAUGUAUUAAGGAUUUUUAAUUUUUUUUUCCACAAUAUUUAAAGACAAGAGCAAUACUAAUAACAGAUGGGAGCAAAAUUACUUGCACAGUUAUCUGCUGUUCACUCAAUCCAGAGCAUGAAAAAUCUAAAGGCUGGGUAACUGGAGUGUUACACUUCUUUUGGUUUGGGAUCUUCUGUCUUCUUUUUUGAAAGAGUUCUGCAGAAAAAUACUGCUAAUGGAGCUCAUGAAAUGUCUUACAAUGGUUCUUUUAUUUGCAAAUUCAAAGAUUGGUAAGGAAUAUAUGUUUAUAUAAUAAAUCAGAAUGUUAAGUAAUGGAAAUGAACAAAAUUGCAUUUCCUCUUGGCGUAGUCAUUUUAGAAUUAAUACAUAAAAUUCAGCAACUUCUCUCCAGGUAAUUGCACAAUCAUAAAGUUUAUGCACUGUUGGCUAAUGGUAAUUACUGAGAACCAGCUAACACUUUUUCUUACAGCUGUCAGUCUAGGUGUAUCGAAUGGUUGGACAUUACUGUACAUACACUUUUAAACAUUUGAAAGACCUUUCAUCUGCUACUUCUUUAAUACUGAGAAAUGCAGUAUAGCUUCCUAGAGUAUGACGUUGGUAUACCUUACGAUUCUGUUAUGAAAUGACAUGAAAUCUGGAGUUAUCUGAAGUACAGCAGAGAUGCUUCAUUCAGGUGUUUCUUGAAGAUCAAAUGUGCUAAAGGGAUGGAAUGCUAUUUUUUUCAAAAGCGUUUUAAGGAAAUAUGAAAAUGUCCUUGAGAAGAAAUAUUAUACCAGGCACGUUUCGGAAAAUUUGUGAUGGUACUUUGACUUAAAAAUACUGUUUUGAAUUAGCAAGAGUUUUGGAGAGACUGAAAAAUCUGAUCCUAGCCCAGAAAAAAUAAUUUCAACUACGCAGCAUUCUCGUUCAGUGAUAGCUUACUCCAAAGUAACAAUUGUAUAGGAAAGGCACCCUCUUUCUCGACAAGUAUCUUGGCAGUAUAGAGUUGUCUGGACCUUUUUACUUUU